AAACAGGCUAUUUACUCCGUUUAGAUUCAAAAUUUUCAUGUAUUAAUGAUUUUUUUUUGGUUAAAAAGGUCAAUUCCUUUCUUCCAAUCUUCUUUAAGAAAUGUUUGGAUUUCCCGCUUAAGUGAAGGCAAUGAGAAAGGAAUCAAGAAGAACAGGUGAAGUAGAAUGUCCAAAAACACCAGCACCAUGGACGACGUCGAUCGAUUGUUUCAAUGUUUCAAGUGCGGCAUCUCUCCUCCCCGAUCUGCUUUCCGAGAAAGGAAAAGAAGCAGGAGGAAGUUGAAGCAGGAGAGUUCAGUGCAGAAGGUCUCUGCAUCUCCUGCUACUCCUGGUCUAGAACCACCAGGAAAGAGGCAGGAAAAUGCCACAGAUGCACAGCUCUCCGCGGAGGGAUGUAGUUCAACAGCAGUUAAGCUAAACAAAUUGUCCCGUGAGAAACAGAUUUCUCCAGUUGUGUUUUAUGGGUCCCCACAUGGUGUUCCUCCUAAAAGACCACUAAUUAAGGACGUAUGGGCAACAUUUCCAAGGCAGGAAGAAGCAAUGAAUUUUGCUAAAGCACAUAAAGAUGUACAUGUAUUCAGUUAUCAAGAUCACUUUAGUGGGCAGAGAAGAUUUCUUGUUUCCACUUACAAGGAAUUUUGGAGAAGGUACAAAAGUAUGAACCCGAAAUUUUGCCACCAUUAUGAAGUGAUUCAAGAGUGUUUACCAUGCCACCUGUACUUUGACUUGGAAUUCAGUAAGAGACACAAUGCGGGAAAAGAUGGAGAUGAAAUGGUUGAUCUUUUGAUUUCAGUCAUUCUGGAAGCUUUAGUUGAAAAAUACUCUAUUGAAGGAAAUUUGGAUUGGAUAGUGGAGCUUGAUUCCUCUACAGAAGACAAGUUUUCUCGUCACUUGAUCAUUCGCAUACCGAAGACUGCUUUUAAGGACAACUCACAUGCUGGUGCAUUUGUAGCAGAGAUAUGCUCACGUAUAGCAAGUGCAAGGGAGAGAGAUGGAAGAUUUGAAAAAUUAUUUGUUAGAAAAGAUUCUAGUUCUGCUGAGUCACCAAGUCAACUUUUUGUGGACACAGCUGUCUAUUCUAGAAAUCGUUGCUUUCGAUUGGCUCUAUCAUCAAAGGCGGGAAAGACUUCUUUCCUCUUACCUACUGGUCGUUUUAAAUGUAAGGACAUGUGUGAAGAAGACAUGUUCAUGGUGUCCUUAAUCUGCAACUUGGAUGUUGAUUGUGAGAGACUCCUAGUCUGCAAAAUGGAGUUAGAUUGUGUGAAGACCUUGCAUUUUGAUACAGAGGUAGCUAGUAAUUCUGGAAGAUACUCUAGAGUUUCUCAAGAAUUCUUAAUAAAUGCUUGCAAUGAUGUUUCAACAACGUACUUAAUGGGAAAGUCACCAUUUCCAGCUUUGGAAAAGUUUAUAGAAUCCAUUGCCUCUACAGGAAAUGUGCCAGGUAAAAUACGAUGUUGGUAUUGGUUCUCGGAGUAUGAACUGAUUAUCUACAGCAUGUCAAGAAAUAGAUACUGUGAGCGAAUUGGUAGGGAGCAUAAGAGCAAUCAUGUGAUGUAUGUUGUUGAUCUCAGAAGGGCUAUUUUUUAUCAGAAAUGUUAUGAUCCAGACUGCAAAGGCUAUCGAUCUCCAUUUCGUCCAGUCCCAUUGGAUUGCCUGCCUGAUUCUUCAUCUUUCUUUGAUUCAAGAGAGAAAGAUGAUGGUGGAGGAGGGUUAACAACUAAUAACCUUGGAUACCAAUUUGUUAACAAUGAUGAGGAACAGGUCUUGCUUUAUGAUGAUGAGGAUGACAUAGAUUGCUGUAAUAGAGAUUCCUGGUGGCUUGAAGCUAGUAAAGUUGCUGAUGUCAUUGAAAAUAAGGCAGAAGCAUUAGCAAUCAUGAGCAAGGAGAAUGUCAAUGAUGAUGAAGAUGAUGAGUGGUGGAUGGCUGCGGAGAGAACUGCAUCUCAGGCUGAACUUUGUCAGGUGGUACUUUGGGUUAACUUGCGCGCCUUGACCAUCGACCACGUUAGGCAUGAGGCUGGAAGAUCUCCAUUGAACUUGAGCAUUUUAGAAACAUUACAAAGCGUGCAGAAUUUGAACUUUGAAGUUCGAAGUUUCCAUGAAUGUCCCUACCUACCCAUGAUUGAACCUACAUAAACCGCCAAAGUCUUGGUCUCCUUAUUUUUCUUUCUUCUCAUUGUUUAUUGGUUAGAGCUUAAUUAAAUUGUUUAUACCAU